UUUAUUUCAUAUAGGCAUAUCUUCGCACUAAAACGCACUUUUUGUGGAGCUCGAUCAUUCGAGAUAUACAAACUGAUAUUUGUUGGUUUGAUUAGGAGUUUUUUUCUGGUAUUCCUUUAGAGUUUUUCUUCAAAUGUUCAAAGAAAAACUUAAACGCCGCUUCGCCAGCUCUCCAGUUACAGUGUGUAGGAAGUGUUAGAAAGUGAAACUGUCGCAACAGCGAAUUGGCAUCCGCAUGAGGGGAAGUAAUGAGCAGUAGUGAUGGUGAAACGACACUUUUCGCGUCUCGGUGUGCUACUGUGUUGUCUGGUGACGGUGACAUAUCUCCAGCGAUACCACCAGCUGCCGACCAUCGUUAUCGCUGGCGAUACAAACGAGCAAUGGAUGAGCAGCACUAGGGGUAGCGAUGUGGGCAGCGGUCAUUCCGACGCCACUCAAACGGAGUCUUUGUACGAACGUACAAACGUCCAGCACAGUUUUAUCGAAAUCUCUCCAAAGUGUAAAUCGACCAGAAUUACGGUCGUCGAACGUCGCGAUCCGGACGGGGAGCUGGGUAUUGAAUGGUUAGGGGAGCCGGACUUGACGGCCAAGCAUUUUUACAACAUAACUUGGAUUGAUUCGAGCGUGGGCCGAAAGGUUAACAGGAGUGGCGGGAUCUACAAACUGACCACCUUCGCGUUACCGACGAGGAAUUGGUGUGAGAUCGUUGAACUAUCUGUGUGCCGUGGUGAUUGGAGAAAAUCGCAGCCAUGUGUCUGUGGUAUUUGGACGCCGCCAGUUGAUGCACUGAAUGCCGUGACAGCAGUUAAAGUGUCCGAUGGGGGAUACAUUGUUUCGUGGAAGCCGAGUAAGUGUGUGAAAAAGUAUGAGCUACGUCCUGGGUACCUCACGCUUCAGUCCACGAAUCCUGUGGCAGUAAAGAUGUUCAAUGUGCGCGAUUGCCAAUGGAAUCGAUUUGUGGUAGAAGUUGUGAUGCAAAAUGGCGUCAUCGGACAGCAAGAAGUGCAAUUCUAUGGUUAUCCUCAGCUAGCGGACCCGCAGCAAGCCAUUUGUGUUAUCAGUAAGAUCCGUAACGCCACGGAACUGUGGAAAGUAUCCACACUAGAACUGUCGAAGGGGGAGCUUAGUAUCGCCCAGCUCGAACACUACAUGACAUCGUGCCGCACACCGACCACCGUAGAGUAUCUGGAUCUAUGUAGUGUUCAGAGUGUGCAGAGGAGCAAUCAAGUGCGCAAAGCCGAUGCCCUACCUCACGUUAUUCCACCGUUCUGUCCCAUGAGCGCUGCCCAUCCAGGCGAUGUUACCGUGAAGCCUACCAUCAUCGGUGAGGUGCGUGAUCUUCGGGCGAAUACGGACCUAGAUCGAACGGUCAUCCUUAGCUGGCGGCCACCGCGUGAAGGGAAAGUGUGCGUGAAAGAGUACAUCAUUACGUGGGCUUCGGAAAGCGAGAUUGUUGAUGCCGAGCGUACGACGUACACGGUGACAAAUCUGGAACCCUGUACGACCUAUAACUUCACCGUCAGUGCCAUCGAUCAUAGUAAUGCGAAGGGAACACCCAGCUCGGUUGAGGCCCGGGUACGUGAAAUCGAGCAGCUAUCGGAGGUGGUGGAGCUGGAGCUGUACGAGGUGGAACCACGGUCACUGUCGGCCAAGUGGAAACCCCCGCUCAAUGGGACGAACUGUGUGCAAUCGUAUCGAGUGGCCGCUUGGUACAAUUCCCCCGAGGAUGCUUCCGUGGUGCUGGUGUUUUCCAACACGACCACCGAUCAGCACGUUACCUUUGGGGAGGCUAUCGCCUGUAUGUCCUACAUGGUGCAGGUGAUACCGAUAUCGUUCCAGAACAAGGACGGCCGGAAUGAGAUUGCUCCGCUGAAGACGAAAGAGCGGACGAUCUUGCCGUACCAUGUGGAACCGAUUCGAGCGAUCGGUGUACGGUCACGUAGCCUAGAGUUGUCCACGAAGCUGCAGAGUGAUAACAACAAUAACUGUCUGCUGGUUAGUGUGCGGUUUAAUUGCACAAUUGUACCAGAAGCUGAAGAUUCCGCACCCGAGUUACCGGUGAUUAAGGAGUUUGCAAUACCGAGUGGCAACGUGAGCUUUGAAGGUGUUGUCGAACCGCUCGUACCGUACACCGUCUACCAGUGUAAUGCACAGAUACUGAACAUCGCUGGCUGGUCCGACCCUACGCCGUCAUAUGAAAUACAAACGGCAGAGGAUGUACCCGAUAGUCCCCGCGGGGUACAGCUUAUCGCUGGGAGUGGCUUAAUCGAGAUCACCUGGAAAGCGCCAGCCGUCAAGAAUGGCGUCGUAGUACGCUACCGGAUUCACAUUCGCAUGAUCGGCCCCGAAUACCCGAUGCCGAAGCUGUGCGAUCAGCUCGAGGAGUACAAUGAAACGGUCGAUCUGAGGGAUGAAAUCGAUCCGGAUGAAACGAUCCACCGAAGCUGGGAUGGUUCCGAGUUCCAGUACACCAUAACGCAGCUAGCACCGUACACGCUCUACACCGUGCAGGUUGCGGCCGCUACGGGUGCUGGAGUCGGUCCGUACUCUGAACCAUCCGAGAUCGUUACGCUUCCGGAUGUACCGAGUGAGCCACGGAAUUUUCGAAUCGAGCAAAUUAAGGGCCCCGAACUGGAUCAAGCGUACAGCUCGUCGGUUGAGUUUUCCUGGGAGAUACCGUGCCGGCUGAACGGGAAGCUAAACCGAUUCGAGGGCACACUGAGUGGUGUUCGUGAGACGGACAACUCGGUGCCACAUGUGCUGAGGUGGGUUGUUGAGGUCAGUGAGGAGAGUGAUCCGUUGGAACCGUUCCGAUAUAUCGAGACGCGGUUGAAGCCGGAGUACGUGUACACGGUCGCCAUGAAUGUAGCGGUCGCUGAGGUACCAGAACCAAGUCCGGAUGCUCAGCUUACCUUCGAGUCUCCGGCGGGUAUUCCAACUAUCGAUCAAACCGACGACUGGUUUAAGGUGGACGUGUUCGAUGCCCCAAACCCGACCAACACAGCUCGGAUCGUGCUUGGUAAUAUUACCCUCAAGUCGGACAUUGGAAGCAUCCGCUACGUGGCCCUGCUGGUGUCGGAACGCUUUUGUCAGAUUGAUCCGGAACCGCGAACCGAUUUCAUCAACAGCGAAGGUACGACGCAGUGGCCCGAGGUACCCGAUUGGCACCGAGUUAACAAUAUGCGCUGUACGGAGCAGUACCAAACGACGCCCAAGUUCUGGAACCCGCUGCUGCAUCUGUCGCGUGCCAAAUCCAAUCCCGUGGAGUUCGUCGUCGGUGAGGAACGGUGCGAUAAUGGUAAGGAGUACUGCAAUGGACCACUGAAACCGGGCACUGAGUACGCACUGGUCGUGAGGAUAUUCUCGCGUACCGGAUUCACCGACUCGGAGCUACAGUUCUUCCGGACCGAUUCGCUCAUCAUGGUGGGGCUGAUCAUUAGCUCGAUCGUUGCGUGCUGUUUGCUGGCGUUCAUCAGUGGCCUAGUGAUUCUGUGGCGUCGACAACGGUUGCUUUUACCGGCCCAGCUCGCUGGUCGUGCACCGAGCGAGGAACCGUCGGACAUCCCGUUGAAGAACUUUCCCAACCAGUACGAUGAGCUGUUCCAGUCGAACCGGGAGAAAGUCUCGAAAGAGUUUCAAGCGAUCAACUAUUUCUCCGACACGGUGCUCCAGGAGACGGUUAGCUAUCACAGUGCGAGAGAGAAUGAGCGCAAGAACCGGUACGUUAACAUACUACCGUACGACUCCAAUCGUGUACUGCUGGACAGUAACGAGGAAGAGGAUGAGUACGAUGGGCGGAGUGGUAACGACUACAUUAACGCCUCGUUCAUCGAGGGCUACAAGUACCAGCGGGAGUACAUUGCGACGCAGGGACCGAAGCUGGAAACCUGCGCCGACUUCUGGCGCAUGGUGAUCCAGUACGAGAUCGAAGCGAUCGUUAUGCUCACGCAGCCAAUUGAUCACGAAAAGAACAAAUGUUGUCAGUAUUACCCAAGGUAUCAGCAGAAGAUCCGCUUUAACGACAUCCGGGUCGAGUGCAAGCAGGAGCUGAAGCUCCUUUUCUACCAUAAACGUCUUUUCGAAGUGACGCAGGGUAACCUCACGAAGCUGGUGUUUCACUAUCAUUUCCUCGAGUGGCCAGACCACAGUUGUCCGGCCAGUCCGACGGAUUUGGUAAAGUUUACGAAAAUCAUACGAGCGGAGCGGAAAAGCUACGCCAUUCCGCUCGUCGUGCACUGUAGUGCCGGUGUUGGCCGGACUGGGACCUUCAUCGCACUCGACAUCAUUCUCCAGCGGAUGCAGAACGAGAAGAAGAUCAACGUGUACGAUACGGUGAAGCAGUUGAGGCGGCAGCGUGUCAAGAUGGUGCAGACGCUCGAUCAGUACACCUUCCUCUAUCAGUGCUGCCUGGAGCAGGUGUCCAAGAGUAAUCGUAAAAAGCCAAAGUCGAGCUUCAUCGAAAUCGUAGAUCGCGAGAGUCACGGAAAGCAUGCACCGCUGGCUACCGUAAUCGAGGUAGAGCAGCCUGGAGUUGCGGUCAGCAAUGGUGGUAAGCCACUGUUUAAUAUCAAGUUCCCGAAAUCGUUUAACGCCGGGUUGGAAAAGGUGACGAGCUUUGCACCGAGUGAUAUCGCUGGUAGUGGAACGUGACCGUGGCCGUUUCUGUGCAAUGAUUGCGACAGACCGCAUUGGAUGCGCACGAGCUUUAGAUGAAAUCUAAUUUAUCUUUUACCAAAUAGGAUAGCAACUGAUGUUUUAUGUAAUGUUACUUAGUGUUAAUACACAU